AUAUACCACAAAAUUACCAUGAGCCAUUUUUAAAUUUAAUUAAUGCUCAACCUGAACUCAAGGAAAUAGAACUGAAAUAUUUCAAAAUCAAAUUUGAUAAAGAUAAUAUUGCAAAUAUUAUGCCAAACUUGGAGGUUUUAUCAAUAAAACAAUCUUAUGGAAAUCCUUUUGGAGAAGUAAAUAAUUUACAAAAUCUUCAAAGGCUCGAAUUAAUUGAUAAUGACAUUGAAUUAAAUAGAACUAUGCUUAAGUCAAAAUGCAUAUCAUUAAAAUUUUUAAAAAUAAUUGAGAAAGAAUUAAGCAAUGAAGUAAAGGAAGAAAUUGUUUUUUUGCUUAGUCUAAAUUAUCCAAACAUAAUGAGUUUAUGUUAUGUGACGGAUAAUCUCAUUUAA